ACACAGACACUCCUCUCCCUCCUCCCCCGGCGCAGCUCAGUGAGCGCAGCGCUUCACACGCGCCCACCAGUUGCCAGUCGUCCUAAAACUUCACUGGGACUUUUGCGUCUUCAACUUGGGUUUGACAAGCGUCAUUUAGUCGCGACAUCAUGCUGGAUUAAUCCCGCGGAAGGUUGUUACUCGGCCGGAGGAGGUGUGAUGUGCGCCCGCUCAGGUGCAACGAUCUCAUCAUGCAGCAGAAUCACUGACUGGAGGGGGUGAGAUCCGUUUUCUACAGGACUGCAGUGUUUGCACUGUGACCUGUCGGUCCGGACACCGACAGUGAAGAGGUCACAGAUGAUCCGGCACCAUGGAUAUCGGCAACGAUGUGGAUCUCUCCAAUAAAAACAUCACCCCGUUGUGGAGACGCCGCACGGACCCUUGUCAAAACCACCACGACUCGGGCAAACCGAAACCUCGGCCGGUCAGCUACCACACCAACGGGGUCGUGACGACCGACUUCCGCGUGGAGGAAAGCAAGUGUUCCUUCACCCUGAGCCAACCUCCCGAGAGGCUGCUGGUCGCCCCCCCGAGGCGGGGCGAGAACACCGCGGUGCUGAAGCACGUGCUGCACAAACCCCCGAGGAAAUCCCGCGUUGUCCGGAGCAUUAGCAUCGGGCCCCUCUCCCACGGACUCUUCUCACUGGCCAAAUUUCGGUCUGAGGAUAGGUCCGCUACACUGGACAAUAGAGUGUGUAAUGGAGAUGGACAGGAAACCAGUAACAGACGGCCAGUAUGGCAGGAAAAGGACCCCCAGAAACGCUUAUCCAACAGGUUCAGCAUGGGCUCACGGAAAGAGAAGAAAGCAUUGGCCCCAAGUUCCCCCUCAUCUGAAAAUGUUGUGGAUUCCUCUCCUGUCCUCUCUCAAAUCACCCCUAACAACAACAACAACAACUACAACUCCCUUUCCUACGCCUCCAGCCCCCUUCCUCCCGCCCGCCGCACCCCAACGCCCUCCCACAGCUCCACCUCCAGCAUCCCCUCCCUCUCAUCCCUCACCUCCUCGGACCCCCCUACCCCACGCUCCCCGUCGCCGGCCGACAGAGGACAGGAGGACAGAGGGCGGGCGCCCCUCUCGCCGGCCUCCUUGCAGGACGCCAGGCACGCGUCUUCCUCUUCUUCCGUCUCCUUCGCCUCGCUUUCUCCUUCGCUCUCGCCGCCGCUCUCGCCCUCGCACUCCGUCGUCCUCAGCACCCACAGCCCCGCUGCCCUGAAGAUGGGCACCCAGCAGCUCAUUCCCAAGGGUUUAGCGUCUGACAUUCGGCAAAGCAAGGCGCCUCCCACUGAGCCGCAAGCCCAAGGUGUAACGGGCUCGCUGGGGUCGGAUCCUUCAAAGCGGGCGUUAAAAGCCCUCAGCAUGGUAGAAACGGGGACCUACUUUUCCACUGGCGGGGGUCACUCAGAGCGGGCAAAUGGGGAAAGUGAGAGCCCGGGGACGCUGAAGAGGGGGCUGAGGAGUACUUCCUACAGGAAGGCAGUUGUGAGUGGAGUAGACUUGGAGGUCCCAUCGGUAGAUCCCAACGGCCAACGGUUGUCCCAGUCGGUCAUCAGAUGGUUGGAUGAGGAUAGGAUGGAUUCACCAUUCAGCCCAGCAAGUCCUGGCACUGCAGGCCACGAAAGCACGGGUACUGCUAAGCCCGCCAGCCCCGGGACACCCAAACCAGCCAUCCACAAGAUUUCAAAGCCUGCCAGCACGGGGAAGAGCAAGAGUGCAGAAAAGAAAAAGGUUUUAACCACUCAGAGGACGUUUGACAGUGAGGAGGAAGUGCUGUACCAGAACUACCAAGAGAAGGCCUUACAUAAUGACUCGGAUGAGGAUGCCGACUCCAGAAAAGCCAAACCUGACAACGGCAUCGUGGUGCAGUACAGACCUAUACGCACCUCCUGGAGCCAGCUCAGUGUGGUGAAGAAAAGUGGUCUUUGUGAACGGAUGACUCAGGACGAACGCAAGAGACAAGAGUCCAUUUUUGAGGUGAUCUCGUCAGAGCACUCGUACCUCCACAGUCUGGAGAUCCUGAUCCGCAUGUUCAAGAAUUCUGUGGAGCUCAGCGAGGCCAUGACCAAGACCGAACACCACCACCUCUUCUCCAACAUCACCGACAUCUGUGAGGUUAGCAAAAAGUUCUUCAAAGAGUUGGAGGAGAGACACCAGGAGAACGUUGUGAUCAGGGACAUCAGCGACAUCGUUGACAAGCAUGCUCAGUCCAACUUCGAUCCCUUCGUCACAUAUUGCUCCAACGAGGUCUACCAGCAAAGAACCCUGCAGAGGCUGGUGUCCAAGAAUCCAGUUUUUAAGGGGGUGCUGACCAGGAUAGAGGGCCACCCAGACUGCAGGAACCUCCCAAUGAUCUCCUUCCUCAUCCUGCCCAUGCAAAGGAUCACUCGUCUCCCCCUACUCAUGGAUACAAUUUGUCAGAAGACACCAAAGGACUCUGCUCAAUACGAAGAGUGUAAGAAGGCUUUACAAGCAGUCAGCAAGGUGGUAAGAAAGUGCAAUGAGGGAGCUCGCACAAUGGAAAGAACAGAGAUGAUGUACACCAUCAACUCUCAGCUGGAGUUCAAGAUCAAGCCUUUCCCCCUGGUCUCAUCCUCGAGGUGGAUGGUAAAGAGAGGAGAACUGACUGCAUUUGUGGAAGACAACGGCAUCUUCCUCAAACGGACAUUGCGGCAGCAGGUCUAUUUCUUCCUCUUCAAUGACGUUCUCAUCGUCACGAGGAAGAAGAGUGACGAGAGCUACACCGUGAUCGACUAUGCUCUGAGGGACCAGAUCUCGGUGGGUUCCUGCCAGCCGCAGGAUCUCAACCUGUCACCGGUCAGAAGCACCGCCAGCAUGCUGAGCCCACGGCAGGCUGGCGCCAACCAUCUUUUCCGUCUGUGUUUCCGUAGCAACCACUCCGACGAAAAGGUGGCCAUGGUGCUGGGGACGGAGUUGCUGAAUGAGCGAGCGCGAUGGAUCAGUGCCCUGGGCCAGAAUGUCAACAACAGCAAGAGUCAGGACAGAACCAAUGUCAUGCAGGUGGAGGUGAUCAGAACUUACACAGCCAAGCAGCCGGAUGAGUUGUCCCUGCAGGUGGCGGAUGUGGUGCUGGUUUCGCAGACCGUAGAGGACGGGUGGUAUGAAGGUGAGCGACUGCGUGACGGAGAAAGGGGGUGGUUCCUCACGGAGUGUGCCGAACCAAUCACGUGCCAGGCCACCAUCGAGCGCAACAUGCAGAGGAUGGACCGCCUGCAGGGGUUGGAGACCAAUGUAUGAGCCGGAUGAGCUUAAAAAAAGUUUUAUUUUUUAAAACACAGCAGGCUUUUCUCAGCUGGUGGCGAUGCUUUGAUUCACCAGUGACCUUUGUUUUAUUAAAAAAAGAGAACCCUAACAAAUAAGUUCAGUAGCAACAUCGGCGACCUGCCAUUAGAGGGCCAAGUGGAGCAGGCGGCUCACAGUGGGAUGAAGAAGAGGCCGUCAGCUCAGCGCUCACCGCAAACACGGACGAAGAAGAGAUUUCCUUUCAUUUAAUUGCCACCCGUGUGGGUGGAAACGGCUCGGCAAGAAGGCCUCACACGCAACGCCAGAGUCACCUCAUUCCCCCCCCCCCCAUCCCCACCCGUGCUACUUGACAACUUUUGGUGUGAAAUUUGUAAAUGUUUUUACCCCAAUGUACUUUUUGACGAGCGCUAUGCGAUAAUUGGAACUGGAGUAUCCCCAGAGGAGGUGAAGCAGACCAAGCAGUGUGGAGAUGUGUGCUCUGCUAAUGGGGGCCGUCAGGCUGUGUAAUUGGGAGCUCGGACGGAGAUGAUUAGGCAAGGCGGUGGGAUCGGUAGCUUCUUCACAGCGUGUUAGUGCAGAACUCAAGUUUAGGUAGCAUCUGAUGGUAAGGGAAAAUAUUACAACAUCAAAGAGGAAGGUUGGAAAAAAUGAAGGCUAUUUAUCUAAAGCCCAUGAAACUUUGCAUCUGAAUGUCAUAAUGAAUUGAAAGAGGAUUACAGUUCUAUGUCUAAUCCCAGGACAUCAGUGGGUUAAGCAGAAAGGCCGCGUAUCCGUCCUCUAGCGCGCCGUCUGUCCCCAGUUAAUGUCCCCGCCGUGAAUCAGGCUCUACAUUUGUGUCACAGAUCCCAUUCUUCUCUCCAUUGACUCAAUGAGUUGGACAGCAUGAAAUAUCAUGUGCCCUGGAGGCCAGCCAAGGGGUGUAAAUAUAAAUCCCCCCCCCCCUUCCCUCCCCAUCCCUUAGGAUUUAUAACUGUGAUGUUACAGAGGCAAGCUGAAUUAAUUUGUGUGUGUGUGUGUGUGUGUGUGUGGGCGCUGAUGGGGCGACCGGAAAAGAAGCGCACCCCUGCUUUUAAUGUGAUUGUCCAACAUGAGUCAUCCUCUCUUUUUUUUGUAUUGUUGCCAUGGCCGGCCAAAGGAAAAGAACGGCUUGGUCAGAGCGCGGCGAUAACGCCAUCCGUUAAGCCCACUGCUCUGGCCCAAGCCGAAAUGACAACCUCAACUGUUGAGCUACAUGAAGCGAGGUCUGACGGUAGGGGGCAGAGCACCCGGCUGGAGGGACACGGGUAUCCAGGCAAAACUUUUGCAUUUGCACUCAGGGAAAAUUAGCUCUGCGAUACCACGCGUAAGCAUGAAAUGGAUCUUUAUUUCAAUGACAUCCUGUACUGCUAACUUUUGUAAAUCAUCUGUGUAUAUGUAAAGCCUCCCUCAGUUGUAAUGCGUUUGCCAAAAUACAAAUUUAUAUUGCAGAAUGUGUUUAUUAACAUGUUUAGUCAACCGUACAAAUAUCAGCCACUAUAAAUAAAUGCUUAAUUGCCUUA